UAACUUGAUGAUUCCAAUUGUCCUAAUUAAUUUUUAAAAGAAGCUGAAUAAGAAAUGUAAAAGACAUAUGAUUGGCUUAAAAAUCUACCUUAAGAAGUAAGCAUGUAUUUAUAAAUAAAUAUUACAUUAUAGAUUGGAUAGUGUUAAGUUUUAGAUCCCUUAUAAUAAUAAAGUAGAGUAAAUUAAAGAGAAAUGUAAUUCUAUUCAAUAAUUAAUUACAUUAGCAACAGCUUUAAAUGUAAUUAAAAAAUCCACUUCAUAAAUUACAUCAAUUCCUAAACCACCUUAAACUAUUCAAGCAACUGUAACUUAAGUUGAUGAUAUAUAUAUUAAUGAGAAACCAGAAAAAUAUAUAUUGUUAUAAGUUAUUUCUGAUGAACAUACUAAAACUAUAUUUAGAAAACAUGGAGUGAAUUUAUAAAAUAAGCAUGCUAUACAUUUUAAAGAUAAUGAAAAUGAAAUUGUUGUAUGUAAGAUAUCAAGAUAAGAUUAUUCUUUAUUAAAAGAUGAUAUUUAAUAAAUUAAUACAAUUUCAUAAGAUCAUGCAUAAAUUUUAUGUAGAAAGAUUGAUAAAAAAUGUAAAUAUCCAGAAAUAACUAAAGUAGAUGAUAAUAAUGAUUAAUAGGAGUAAAGUAUUUGUAUAAUUAUUUUAGUGUAUUUUAUUCUUUGGAUGAUAAUGUAAAAGAAGUCUCUAAAAAAAUAAUAGAUGAAGUAUAAUAUGAAUUCUAUUUAAAAAUUACAGGUCGAUUAGGUGUUUUCUUACAUAGAUAGAAAGAAAACAUUACAGAUUUUAGUAAAGUGAUUUAACCUGAUACUUGGGCAAAUAAGAUUUAAUUAAUAUAAUUAAAUAUAUAUAUACAACAAUAAAAUUAGAAGAGAAUGAUAAAUUUGCUAUUUUAAUGA